GCGAGUGUAUGGUCAGGAAAGGCAGUCCUGACAAAGGUGUAGCACUGCUUAGAGAAUCUCUAAGUAUCAAUAGGACUGCCUUUCCUAUCGACAAUUCCAGCAUUGCUGCCACCUUGAGUUGGUUAGCAGGAAGUUUGAUGGACCAACACAAAUACCGAGAUGCCAGUCAGGUUUUCGAAGAGCAACUUGAAAUCGAGAAACAUUUAGGGCCUGGUCGUGAAGCCAUUAUUGCAACAGCAAUGGAGGACCUCAUGUACUGCCAUUCAAUGCAGGAGAAAACCAAUGUUACAAAACAGCCUGCCAAUCACCAGCAAGCAUCUGAGAGUGAAUGGCUCAAGCUGGUAGCCAAGUCACUAAAUGGUAAAGAAGUGCAAUUGAAGGCAAAAGCAUCUGAUACUAUUGCCACACUGAAGAAGCAACUUGGUAGCAAGGACGAUUCUUCAUCCAUGGAUCAACUGCUCGUUGUGAAUGGAAAACAAUUACGUGAUGAGCAAACAUUGUCUGAGGCAGGAUUGACUAAUGGAAUGAAAAUGAAGUGUGUGUCAUGCCCACGGGCAGUGACGAGCAUGGGAUCCGAUGUUGGUGAGUUAUUUGUGCGAGCUCUAGAGCAAGGAUCGAUUGAAAUAACUCGAGUCAAGAUUGUCAUUGUGGGCAAGGACAGAACGGGGAAGUCGUCUUUCAAACGAUCCUUGCUCAAUGAGAAGUUCCAGGUAUGUGAAGCGAGCACACCCGUGGCUAAGGCAGAAGUGGCCGUUUGUGAAGCAUGCAACUGGAGAGCUUUGCAUGACAAAGACCAGCAAUUUUUAGACAGACAAAUAGCUAGAGCAGCGAUCCAUGCACAGCAUGCUUCUAAUGUAAACGAGGCAGGUAGUAAGGGUGCCGACAAUGAAGAUGGACAAGCUGCAAACGGUCAAUUUGGCAUAAACACAAGCAAGCCGCGUGAAGCGACUGUGUUGAAUCAAGAUACUGCAAUCAAGACAAACACAGACAAACUAGACAAAGCAGCUGCAUCUAUCGGUGAUGCCGAAAGCAGCACGAGCAGCGACAAAUUGGAUGAAGCCAUUGUUCUGACCGAAGGAAUCGGUCGUGCUAUAAAGCAGUUUCAAAGUGAUCGCGAUAUUCUAAAGCAAGAAGAAUCAAAAGUUUACUAUACCAUCUGGGAUUUAGGAGGUCAGGAACUCCUUCUUCCUGGUCAACAACAAGCCAUCACACCGAGAAGUAUCGUUUUUCUCGUGUUUGAUGCAAGGAAGUUUCUCAAUGACGAGGCCGAAUCGUCUCACCGUUCUUCCCCUGACUCGGAAGAAACCCCGAUUCCUAACAUGUGGAUCGAAAAGAAUUACGAUGCUUUGUCUUUAUGGGGAUCCGCGACUUUCUUGGCAAGAGCCGAGGGUCACCAUUUAAUUGAUUCUCUUGACAAGUUAUUGGCAUGCGCAUCACCUAUUAUUUUCUUGAUUGGAACACACAUCGCCGAAGUCAGUGAAGAGAUGAUACAGAAGCAGAAUAAAUUUCUGUCUGAGAAGUUUUUUGGUCAGAAAUUUACGGAGCACAUCUACCGACCAAGCCAGCAACCUGAUGAUUGGUUUUUUCGUGUUGAAAACUCGGUGUCCGAUCCAGAAUCUCCAAUCAAGGAUCCGGGUGUAGUUGCAGUGAAACAAGUCAUUGGAAAGGUGACAAAUUCUGUGUCAUUUAAAAGUUUGAUACCAGCGACUUGGGCGGUGCUGGAGAAAAUCUGCGAUGGUCUAGAAGAGAAGAUGGGCAGUGCCUUGUCUAAUGUCAAAGUUAUCUUGGCUUUGGCCAAUCGAUUAUGUCGUAUCUCUGAAGAGAAAGAAGUGCGUGCGGCUCUGGUGUAUUUGGAUGACGCCGGAUCAGUAAUAUUCCCUCAGAAGAGUGAGAAACUGAAGGAUACGGUCGUCACCAAACCGAAUUGGCUUUUUACGGUUUUCUCAGUUAUUGCAUCAGUCCAUUAUCCUUCUGGGUUAUUUUGUAUGUAUUGGACUCAAGCAAAGACAACAGGAAUCGUUAGCUGGGAGCUGAUGAAGGAUUGCCUUAGAAAGGCAGGAGUAAAAGAAGAAGAAUACGAAGUCGUAUUGAAUUUGUUGAAUUGCUUUUAUUUGCUCUCCCCUAAAUCUCCACCAUCUCAACUAGCAAUUUCUUAUGAAACGGAAUACUUCGUUCCAUGUUUGCUGGAGUCUGACCCAAACUCGCCACUAGCAGCUGCUGCUCCAGUCAAUCCUAACGAUCUCAAACCAUUCUCACUCAUUAUUUCUCCUUGCCAAAUUGCAUUUAUUCCCGAACAGCUGCAUUUCAGGCUAAUGACCUGUUGCAUCGAGGAAUAUCCUGAUGAGCCGAUGUUGACACGUCACCACUCUGUGUAUCGAGUUGAGAAAGGUGUAACGUUAGAAAUGGCUUAUCAUUCAAAGAAAUACAUCAUUUUGACCAUUGUCACAACAAGACCAUGCUAUGAAAUUGCUUCCUUAUGUACAGGCAUCCGUCUGUUUAUAACCAAAAAGCUUGAAGAAGUGAAGAAACCAGGAUUGCCUAAUUUCCACUUUUCAGUAAACAUUCAACCUUCAGGACCAGCUGUUCCUGUAGAUCCCACUCAGCUAGUAUAUAUAGACGAGUACAAACCAAGUGGAGCCACACCACUAAGAGUAAACAUUAGCAGACGUGAUGUGAAAUUAGGUCCAAAUGAAAAAGCUGCAUUAGACUGUUGGUUUCAUGAAGACAAAUAUAAUGUUCCUAGAGGAACAAUACAACAGAUGCUAAAGUAUAGAUCAGCCAGCAUAUGCACAUCUGAUGAGAUUACAGAAGUGGCAAGCAAACUUUCAGCUCGUUGGGAGGAACUUGUUUCCCGUUUGUCCUCUUCCUUAUUUACAAUCAACAAAAUAGAAGAGAUAAAAGGAGAGAACAGGGACAAGUUCUUUUUGCAAGCUCGAAAGGCACUAGACAUGUGGACUAGCCAACUUGGUGGCAAAGCCAGUCGCCAAUUACUGAUAAAGACCAUAUGUGACAUUGGGUGUAGAUUGCAAGCGGAGGAAGUUUUUGGUUACCAGUUGGUAGAAUAUGUUUCCUUGCUGAAGAAUAGAGAUUGUUGUAUUUCGUAGGUUUUGUACUGUUAUUUUGAUAUACCACAUUUUAGUUAACAUUUGCUUUUUAUAUCAUUGGAACUGCUUUGCACUAUUUUGUCCAGUAGAUUUGGUUGACAUUGUUUUUGCUGCUACGUACUGCUGCUGCUGUUGUUGUUGUUGCAUGCUGCUGCUGCUGCUCUUGGUGUUGUUGCUGCCACUGUUGGCAGUAUCAAUGCCAGCGUGGUGACAUAUGUUUUAUUGGCACAGAGGUCAGUAUACUAUUGACUUCAUCUCUACUAGGAGGACAAAAUGUAUUAAUUAAGAUGGGUUAUAAGUUUGCGUUUCUAAAUUACUCUUACCCAGUCUUUGGCUGCUGCUGCUGCUACUAUGCCACAUCUCCAAUGAAACUAAUGACCAACAAUGGCACUACAAUCCCUAUUUUGUCUCUGUGGGCUAGUCUACUGAUGAUAUGUAACCAACUCUUGUUAGUGGUCUACAGAAUGCUGUCUUUGUCUGUUUACCUAAACAACAUCUUAAUAGAAUAGAUCACAAAGAAUGCCUG